AUGGCCAGUGUUGGUAUUGGAGUCGCUCAAAGUAUUUUGUGCUUUUACAUAAACGUGUAUUACAGUGUGAUCCUGGCCUGGGUCCUGUACUAUCUGUUCUCCUCCUUUACCACUGUCCUGCCCUGGUCAACCUGUGGAAACCCCUGGAACUCUGACAACUGCAGAGAACACCACUGGUCUGUCAACUCCACAAAUGCAACAUAUAAUUGGACGUCAUCGCAAGACGCCAGCUUCACCAACGUGAGUGAUUUUCGGGCAAUGGAUCCUGCGACUGAGUACUGGGAACGGAAAGUGUUAGCGAUAUCAGCUGGUGUGGAGUUCAGUGGAAGUAUAAAGUGGGACUUGGCCUUAUGUCUGUUACUGGCCUGGGUUGUUGUCUACUUCUGUGUUUGGAAAGGGAUUAAACUAUCUGGGAAGAUAAGUUAUGUAACUGUUAUUUCGCCCUACAUUCUCCUGGUGGUCUUGCUUAUCCGGGGUGCAACUCUCCCGGGGGCCGGAAAGGGUAUACACUUCUACCUGUCACCUGAGUGGAGUAAACUUGGUGUAGUUAAGGUUUGGGUGGAGGCCGGUAUACAGGUAUUUUUUUCUUACGGUGUAGGCCUCGGAAUUCACACGUCUUUAGCAAGCUGCAACAGUUUUCAUCACAACUGUCUGAAACACCAUCUCAUCUUUUCCUUGGCCAACACCUGUACAAGUCUCCUUGGAGGAUUCGUCAUCUUCUCCGUUCUGGGCUUCAUGGCCGACAAAUACCAGCUCAGCGUGGCUCAUGUGGCCGGGUCAGGACCUGGCUUGGCAUUUGUAGCAUACCCAGAAGCUGUGGCACAAAUGCCUAUCGCACCAUUGUGGUCCUGUAUAUUCUUUCUUCUUCUAUUCUUCGUUGGAAUUGACAGCCAGUUCUUGCAAGUGGAAGCCUUCAUGGUUAUGCUCGGCGACCUUUUACCCCAGGAAUUUCAGCGCUCUCCCCGGAAAGAAAUCUGCACCGCCGUCGCCUGUCUGAUCUGGUUCUGCCUUGGGCUUUGUAUGGUCACGGAGGGCGGAAUCUAUGUGGAACAGCUGUUCGAGUGGUAUGCUGGUGGCCGUGUUAUCAUGUUCAUCGUGGUACUGGAGUGUCUGGCUAUUUCCUAUGUCUACGGUGUAAAUCGGUUACAGCGUAACUUGGAGUACAUGUUGGGGUACCGACUCUUUCCUUACUUUAAAGUCUGCUGGGCUGCGAUCACACCUCUGCUCGGCGGGUUUCUAUUCAUCAUGGACAUAGUGUUGUACCCAGAACAAACCUAAAUCGGAAGUUCCUGAUUUACCAUUUUCCCGGCUGGGCCAUGGGCAUCGGCUGGACCCUGGCUUCAAUAGCCGUGAUGUUUGUUCCUGGGGUCAUGGUGUAUCGUUUGCUGACUGCCGAAGGGACACUACUGGAGAGGUUGAGAGAUCAAACAAAGCCACAUUUUAGCGGAGUACAAAGAAGUCGCGAUAAACACUCCCUGGGAGCUUCACUAAAUGAGAAGGACUUUCGUGGCGAGACGGAUCGACUUGCCGAAGGAUGAGGUAUCAGUGGAAACCAAAUAAGGGUAGCUCACUCUACACGAUACACGGUAGAAGUCGCUCUAUCGCUUACCUGCUUUCUGUGCAUUCCUGUUAUUACCUGGCGUGUUUUGAAGUUCCGUUGUACCGUUUUAACAAUAAAGACUUAAUUGACCAUAGACAAAAGAAACCUGGUUGAGAAACGAAUUCAAAGAGAACAGACCAAAGUUGUUUUAAGAUGUUUCCGUAGAACAAGAGGGUGGCAUUAUCUGAGUUAUACUAAAUUAUAUCCGGUGUCAGGACGCUGUAGUGCUGAUGUAUUUCCGGUGUCAGGACGCUGUAGUGCUGAUGUAUUUCCGGCGUCAGGACGCCGUAGUGCUGAUGCUAAAAUGUGUUUUUUAUUUUCUGAAGGACCGCCCUCCUUUCCUUAUUCAACUAAAGUGUGUUUUCCAAGAGAAUUUGCUGGUACCUGUCAUAUGACCACAAAAUAAAUAAAAAAAUAAACUCCUGAAUUACUAGGCU